GUCAGUUCCAGUUGUCAUGUUAUUAUUUGGAAGUUUGGAAGUGAUAAAGGCCAGGGUAAGAUCAUUUUAUUGGAAACUAUACUCUGGAGCAGCUGAACAAUUUUAUUGUAUUUACUUUUUACUGCCAUUUGAUGUAUUACUUGUUAAUAAUAUCAAUAAGUAGUCAAUAAUCUUAACAUAUUUUUCGUUGUAAACCAAUGGUCUUGGAUAAUCUAUCUGAGAUAUCUAUGAUUUAAUUAUGAAUCAAAAUGAAGAGCAGUUAUAUCCAGAUCAGUUCGUAAGGACCGAAAAAAAUAUUGGUUGAAUUUAUAUUUAUCUUGAUAUAAAAUUCUUAUCUGAACAACAUGAAGACGCCGGACGACUAUCUUCACUGUGUCUACAGUUCCUGUAUGGAUGUUAAUGUGCAGAUCAAGAUUGGUCCAUUGAAGGGAGUCCAUCCUGUUCCUGAGUAUGAUCAGAUUCUUGCAGAUCCUAUGAUCAAAUUUUGUGGACUACAUGAGAAUUCAAGUGCCGACUUGAUGGUGGAGUGUCAGAUUUUUUCUGGUGGUAGACCUCUUGCCCUGCCUGUUUAUACUUCACAUAGGGCUCAAACCUCAUCUACUAUGCGAAAUGAGUGGAUCAACUUACCAUUGAAUUUUAGUGACCUCCCUCGUGAUGCAAUGUUGGCAAUAACCCUUUACGAUUGUGUGGGAGCAACAGCUAGGAAGCCAGUUGGGGGCACUACCAUCUCGCUCUUCAGCAAGCAUGGAGUGUUCCGACAGGGCAUGAUAGAUCUGAGGGUCUGGCCAGAUUGUGUAGCUGAUGGUAGUACACAGAGCUCCACACCAGGCAAGGCUUGUCAUGAUGGUAAGAAACAGAUCACUAAGUUGGGUAAACUUGCAAAAAAACAUCGUGAAGGCCAUUUACCAGAAGUGGACUGGUUGGAUCGGUUGGCAUUUUGUAAAAUUGAGCAAAUCAAAGAAGCAGAAAAAAGGAGUUCAGAUUAUCUGUACUUGAUGGUUGAGUUCCCUGAAGUCACUAAAGAUGGAAUUAAAUAUUCUGUUGUGUUUUACGAGCAAGAUGGAGAUGAAUUAUAUCAAUUCAGAGAUCACCCAGAUAUUGUUCUGGUUCCAGAUUCUGAGGUACUGCAAGAAAAUUUGGUUGAAAAUAAACAUCAUAACCUUACCCGUAGUCUGCACAGAGGAGUAUCUGAUAAAGAUCUAAAGCCCAACUCAUUGAUUAGGGAUAAACUGAAUAAAAUUGUGGCUUAUCCACCAACAAAGCAAUUAACUACUGAAGAACAAGACAUGAUAUGGAAGUACAGAUUUUAUUUGAGUGCUCAGAAACAAGCACUGGCCAAGUUUCUUCACUGUGUAAACUGGGAGUUAGCUGUGGAAGCUCGUCAAGCAGUGGAUAUGUUACAGCAGUGGGCACCUAUGGAGGUGGAAGAUUCUCUGCAAUUGUUAAGUCCAGUCUUUACCCAUCCGGCUGUGCGAAGAUAUGCUAUCACAAGACUACAACAGGCAUCAGAUGAUGAUCUGUUGCUCUACCUACUUCAGCUUGUGCAAGCUCUCAAGUAUGAGGACUUUUAUGAGAUAAAUGAAGCUUAUAAGAGGAUGCAAAUGAAAGAGUCUUGUGUAUCAGACAAUGAUCAAAAGGAGAUUCUAGGUCCAUCUACAAGUAGAUCCCAUGAGUCCAAAAAUAGCAAGAGUGAUUUAGAUGUUGAAAACGAUGAAGAUCAAAAUCUUGCUACUUUUCUUAUUCAAAGGGCUUGUCAUAACUCGACAUUGGCCAACUACUUCUAUUGGUAUCUCAUUACUGAAUGUGAAGAUCAAGAAGUCACCGUAGAGCUAGAUACAAAAGUUAGGGAAAUGUACUUAACUGUUAUGCGUAUGUUUCAAGAGACUCUACAAAAUGGCUUUGCUGAAUGGCAGAAACAACAACAGGUACUUCAGCAUCAAGUUGCCCUGAUAGAUGAGUUGGUGAAGUUGGUUAAGAGUGUCCAACGAGAAAAUUGCAAUCGAAAGAAAAAGAUAGAGCAAUUGCAGGUGCUGUUGGCCGAUAGUGAGGCAUUCAAAAUUAAUCUAGCGGACUUUGACCCCAUCCCAUUUCCUUUAGAUCCUAGAAUAUGCAUUCGAGGUAUUGUACCACAUAACGCUAUCCUGUUUAAAUCAGCCUUGAUGCCUUUACGUCUGACUUUUAAAACAACUGAAGGACCAGAGUAUGUGGCAAUAUUCAAGCAUGGUGAUGAUUUACGGCAGGAUCAAUUUGUUUUGCAGAUCAUAACAUUGAUGGAUAAGUUGUUAAGGUUAGAAAAUCUAGACUUGAAACUUACACCUUAUAGAGUUCUCGCUACAGGAACAAAACAUGGAUUUGUACAGUACAUUGAUUCCCAAACUGUUGCAGAUGUAUUAAACUCGGAAGGUACCAUUCAAAACUUCCUGAGGAAGAGGCACCCAAGUGAGACAAGUCCUUAUGGUAUCACACCUGAUGUCAUGGAUAGUUACAUACGCAGUUGUGCCGGUUACUGUGUCAUUACGUACAUCCUAGGUGUGGGAGACCGGCAUUUAGACAAUUUGUUGCUGACUACAUCGGGUAAAUUGUUCCACAUUGACUUUGGAUAUAUCCUUGGACGAGACCCAAAGCCUCUCCCUCCACCUAUGAAACUCAGCAAGGAGAUGGUGGAAGCGAUGGGUGGUACAGACUCUGAACACUACCAUGAAUUUCGUAAACUCUGCUACACUGCUUUCCUUCACCUCCGCAGAAAUGCCAAUGUGAUCCUCUACUUAUUUUCAUUGAUGGUGAAUGCCAAUGUGCCAGACAUCGCGUUGGAACCUGAUAAAGCAAUCAAGAAGGUACAGGACAAGUUACAACUUGAAAAAACAGACGAGCAAGCAGUUCAGUUUUUUAAAAACCUUCUAGAUGAUUCUGUCUCAGCUGUCAUGCCAGUGUUGGUUGAAAAAUUUCAUCAGUUAGCUCAACACUGGCGUAACUAAAUAUCUCAGCAUAUAGUAUAUCAAAUUACGGAAAUUUAGUUUACGAAUUCAAAACAUUUAAAGUAAGUCUUAAUAAAAUGAUAAAUUAAUGUCAUUUAUUGAAACGAUACCAGUGUUGUAUUUUGUACCUAUUUUUAUUUGCACAAGAAUGUUUCUUACUAUUAUAUUUGUUUUCACCAUUUCCGUUAUUUAGCUAGAUUAUUUUAAGAAACCUUAGUCUAUAAGAGACGAGUUUUUGUAUAUAAGUUUUACUGUGAAUGUCAAACAUAUUUGUAAAAAGAUCUAAAAUCAACCAUUGGUAUUGGGGGUUUAGUAGUGUUUUGUUUCAUGAGUGAAAUUAUCUAAGGUUAUUCUGUGUGCCUUCUUAACAUAACUAUUUUUAAAACAUUUAGUGUAAGAAUGCAAAUUAUUUUAAUUGAAUUCAAUACUAUCAUUUGAUGUGUUUGCUUGUGAAAUUGUUAAACACGUUAAGAGUAUUGGUAAAGAUAUGUUUACUUGUGGAACAUUUUUGUUUUACCUACUGUUGGUAAAUUUAUUUGUCUCAAGUAACAAAAUAUUUUAGUUUGGACUCACCCACUCUGAACCCUAAGUUAUUAAUAAAUAUAAAAUACUAAUAGCUAUUCAAUAUUUGUUGUUGGAUGUGAAAGUAUUUAGAUAUAUAAUACAGUAAUUUGUACUCCAAAGUUAUGAUUUUUACUUAAAUGUUACUAAUUACAUAAAAUAAAUUAAAAUGCUUAAUACUUAUUUAAAUUACACAAGCAAAUUAUGAGGUGUGUUUGAAAGGUAUCUAAUCUUAACUGGAAAAUGUAAUUUAUUCAUUAACGUGUGUUCACAAGUGAUCUCUUUAAAUAUAGACUCCCAACACUUAUUGUAGUACUCCUGUCAUUUUUGUAAGCAAGUCUUAGAGGCUUCUUUUGGAAUGGAUUUCAGAUAUGCUUUUGUGUUUUUGAAGCAUUGUCCUGAUGAAGCUGUCAAGACAGUUGUAUCAAGUACAUGACUAGAACUUCUAAGUAGUACACUUUUGAUUUACGAUGAACUACUCUUUUGCAGUAAAAAUACUGUCAGCAUGACCUCGGUUUUGCUUUGAAUUUAACUUUCUUUUUUUGGACAGGGAGAUGUUGCAUGUUUCUGCUGGAAAGAUUACACUUUGGUUUCUGGAUUUAACACUUGUACUCAUGAUUCAUUACCUGAUAUGUUUUGAAAAAAUUAGGGCUAUUUUUCAUGCAUUCUAGCAUGCCCUGAACAAGCUACUUUGUUCUGGUAACAAGUUCUUUGGAAUUAAUUUUAAAGUUACCCUGAAUGGUUUUAACAUAGGAAUUACCUGGGGUUUUUUAAAAUCCGAUGUAGUAUUGCUGUUCCACAGGUUAAUCUUGGUGCACAAAAUAUAAUAUAAUGAGCUCAUGAGUUAAGGUUCAAAGUAUUUAUAUUGUCAUUAGUCAGAAUUAAAAAUUAUCAAAAGACAGUCAAGCUUCAUUAUUGUAUAUUUAACGUAAUCUUACACACAAUAAUGACAUCUUUCCAAACCUAUUCGCUUCAGUAAUACAAGAAAAAUAUAUCAUAAUAUACAAAGUAAAUAGAUAAGUAGACUGUAAUAAACAAAGAAAUAAUAUCCAUUUAUUAAUUGAAAUCCUAUAACUCAAUUAAAGAUCGAGUUUAAAAAAUAAUGAUCUAAUGUCAGGUCAGUUAAUCAUGAAAAGAUAAAAAAGCAUUUUAGCCAUUUUUCUAUGGUAACUUUAAAUUUAUUGAAUGGAAUAACUAAGUGCUUUUUUGCAACUUAUUUAAUAGUUUAUAUAUAAAAUCAUAUGAGUAUUUUAAAAGUUGUAUAAUCUAACAAAAUGCAGGUCUAACAGGUAUUCAUGUGUUAUGUGGUGCCUAUAAACGUCUAUUUAUAAAGGUAUUCCAUUUUUUUAUUUUGAUUAGUAUCAAUAAGAAAUGGUAAUUUCAUAAUUUGAAAUUCUUUAAAUAAUGACACAUAUGAUUCAUGUAUAAAGACAUUCAUUGAUUAACAAAGCUUCUUUUGCAAGAUAAAUACUUGUUUGAGUUGGUGCUGUUCUUCCAGAGUUACACCAUAUCUUAAAUGAGAAUAGAAAAAAACAGUAUGCAAUAAUCAACAUUUCCUGACUAACACAGUUUUUAGUUUACAUAACAAAUAAAUAACUCCAGACAAUUUUGUAUGUAAAUAAUUUACAUGAUAAUUCCAAAUUUAUUAUCUAGAUUUAAAUCUUAUAAUUUAACAAUAUUAUUACUUUCAACGGGUUUUUUUUAAAGAAGAUGUUAUGUGUUAAACUUGUAUAUGAUUUACCACCAGACUUUUCGCAUGAAACCAUUUUAAAGCUAUUUUCAUAGAUCAUUCUCAUUUAACUGUCAUAAUUAUUGUGUUUGUAUUGGAAUUUAAAAGAAUGUUAUCAUCUGUAUACAAUACAGUAUUACAAGGCACAUUAAAAGUAGAAUUCACAGCAACAACAAACAAGAAGAAUCCAAGAACAAAACCCUGGGAACUCCUAAAUUAAAUUUACUACAAUUUGAUUUGGUAUUCCUAUGAACAACAAUUUGUUAUAGAGUUUGAUGUUUAACUGACUGUAGGUGAUCGACAUAAUAUCAAGGUCAUGUAAUUGACAUAUGCAUAUACACCAUUGUUGCAUUGGCGUUGUUACAUGCCAGUGUGUAUCUCACUCCUGUGGUAAUAGUUGCAUAAUAGAAAAUGAGAUUAGAUACUGAACACACCUUGUAUGAAGGCUCCAUUAGACACCAUGUAAUCAUACAUGUUAUAUAUACAUACAUACAUACAUACACAGAUACACACACACAGGAAGAUCAUGUAGUCUCCUCCAUGUUAAUCUUCAGCUUCAGAUAAAAAAUGAGUCAUGGAGAUGGUUCCAAAUCAAUAGUAUUUACUUUAUGACAAAUGAACAUUUACAGAUGUCCCAUGAAGAGGGAGUGCUCUCCUAACUCAAAAAUUAAAAUUUUUAUCCUCACUCCUCACUUGGAGUUGGGCUUUCUUCAAUGAGCUACACCCAGAAAUUUUAAAAUGUGAAAAAUUAGGCAUUAUUAACCUAGAAAUAACUUUAAAAUUUCAUUUUCUAUUUUCAACCGUUCAAAAAUUAGCAUUGCAGUAGACUUUAUAAUCACUGUGUAUGUACACACACAAAGUAAGGUUAAGGCUACAUGUGUGCACGUUGCCUUAAUAAAAUAUGCUAAUUAGUCCUCAGUCCAGACAAUUACAUGGGAUACUUAAAUAUACUUGGUAAGUAAUUAACCUUGUCUCAACUCUGUUGUGAAUUUAAAAAAAAAUACAAAGUGAUAAUUGUGUAUGAUUACAGAUUGUUCAGUCAACCUUGCUAAACAAAGAAUUAAUUUAGUUAAAACAACUAAAUAACAGUUAACUGAAUUAAAUUUGUUCAAAAACACAGGAUACAUAUAAGUUUUAAAACAUAUAUUAAUUCCUUAAAAAUACUUUACACAAGAGAAAAUAUUUAAAAUGAGUGUUAAAACUAUUGAUUUCUGGGUUUUAAGUUGAUUUGUCACAAAACUAUCAGGCUUAUUAGUAGAAAAUUUACUUUAAUAUCAUGAAACUUAUUUUCAGGAAAUGUUAAAAACGAAAUUGUAUACUACAAGCAGAUUCAAUAAUUGAAACAAAUACUAGUGAUGGCUAAAAUCAAGUAAUGUGUUGUUGACAAACAGUUAUCAAACAGUUAAAAUCCACACAGAAAACCAUUAUUCAUCAAAUUAUGACUAAUUUUGGAUAUAAAAAGUAAUUUUUCCAAUUUGUUUUUCUAUCUCUUCUUUAAAUAUCCAACGCAAAAUACUAGAAAAUCAACAAUGUACUAUGUACGAGUAACAAUGUAGUGUGUGUGCACAGGCAUUUCACAUCUUCAUGAGUAAUCCACACCAGGUUAAAACAUUUGCAAUAGACAAUGAAAUACUCUGUUUCCGUUGUAUAAUCAUCUUCAGUAAGAGAUGUUAUUGUUUAAGUUUACUACCUCGACUGAAAUCAAUACAGAGACUAAAAUAUGUAUAGAUUGUAGUCGUGUUAACAACAUUUUAACACAGUGUGAAAUGAAAAACUUAGAUAAUAAUUAUGAAAUGGACUUUGUAAGCCUAAUAACUAAGAUACAUGAAAUCUACUUUGUUAUUUGUAAAUAUUAAUUUAAAUUUUUAGUGUUUUUUGUAUAUUUAUAUUUGAGUAAGAGAUCUAAAUGCUGCACCCACACUGAAUAAUAGUUAGCAUUAACAACUACAAUAGAUUUUCAUAAGUGUCACAUAUUUUACAUUUUAUGUUCCUUUAGAAACUUUACAAAGUGCCCAACAUCCAAAGUCUGAUCCUUCCUGAAUAUAUUUUGUACAUAUUUUCCAAGGCAAGUGUUUUGUAUAUUUUGUAUUUAUUCAGUAUUGGACUAUAAACAUGUUCAAAUCGAUUAAAUUAUUUUUGUAAAC